UUUCCUGGCUGCGUGCUAGGCGGCUUGCAUGAAGGAGGGUGAUCUCGUCCAUCAUUUAUUCAGUUUAUUUGACAUUAAACUACUACGACAACAACUAUGGUGCUGACGCCGCUUGUGUACUGGGCUCAACGCCAUGAAGAAAUCUACCUCAGGGUGGAGCUGACUGACGCCCAGAACAUUGACGUCUAUGUGCAUGAAAACAUCCUUCACUUCAGAGCCCUGGGCCAUGGUGCUAAAGGACAAAACCAGUACGAGUUCAGCUUGGAGUUUCUCUUACCUGUGAAGACAGCGGUGGCUCACAAGUCUACACAGCGGCAGGUGAAUGUCACCGUUCGGAAAGAGCAGAAAGGCUGGUGGGAAAGGCUGACCAAACAGGAACGUAAGCCGCUCUACUUGUCUCCGGACUUCGACCGCUGGCUCGACGAGUCGGAUGCCGAGAUGGAGAUCAGGGAAAAGGAGGAGAGAAGAAACAGCCUGAAGUCGUCUCAGCAGGACGAGGAAGGGGUCAUCAGUCUGAAAACAGGCUUUUUGUUUACAUAUAACCUGGUACAGUUCCUUGGCUUUUCAUGGAUCUUUGUCAACAUGACGAUUCGCCUCCUCGUGUUCGGCCAAGAUUCUGUCUAUGACACAUUUCACACCAUAUCAGAUGUCAUGUUCUUCUGCCAGAUCCUGGCAGCGGUGGAGGUGCUCAACGCUGCCUUUGGCGUCGUCAGGAUGGGCACUAUGCCAACUCUUAUACAGGUGGUUGGAAGGAAUUUCAUCCUCUUCAUCAUUUUUGGUAGCUUGGAAGAAAUGCAGAAUAAGCCGGUGGUCUUCUUCGUUUUCUAUCUGUGGAGCGCCAUUGGAAUAGUCAGGUAUCCAUUCUACAUGUUGAGAUGUUUCAACACAGAGUGGAAAAUCCUCACCUGGCUCCAUUACUCACUCUGGAUACCGCUUUACCCUCUGGGUGCUAUAGCUGAGGCUGUUGCCUUGGUGCAGUCCAUUCCCAUCUUUGAUGAGACCAACCUGUUCAGCAUUCCUCUGCCGAAAGCCAUCGGCACGUCUCUGAGCUUCUCCUACUUCCUGCACACGUACCUCAUUCUUAUGUUUCUAGGAGUUUUUAUCAACUUUCGUCAUCUCUACAAGCGAAGGCAGAGGCAUUUCCGCACCAAAAAGAGGAAGGCAUAUUGACACAUCAACACCUUCACUGCCUGUUUUAAAUGUUAUCUUCUUGGCACCACUACGUGUUAAAUAUGUUAUCUUUUUGCGUGCUGCUAAUUGGCCGUCCUUACUUUGGUUUUCUUGAUGGUUUACUAGGACUACCCACUACAACCCUUUUAAGAACUCUACUACACAUCAACCUGUAAUAGUUAAAUGCUUGACAAUUUGUCCAUUUGAGUUUUGCUUUUAAUCUUGUGUGUUUUUAAGUUGUAGUUGAACAAUAGUGGUUCUGUAUUUAGUGCUCAUUUGAGUGAUUUACAGCAUCUGCAUUUAUUUUGAAUUUUAUCGUUUGGGAAUUAAGCAUUCCAAAGACCUCAGGGAAAACAUUUCCGACUGUUUGCUUGUUUUUUUGUACAUUCUCACCCCCACCUGUGAUAAAUGCACUUACUGGACACUUGUUUAGUUACAUUCAAUCUGAUGAGCGCAACCACAAGAGCUUUGAUUUCUAUGACACUGUCAGAGGUCAUUUUAAUAAACUUGUGUUUAUCGUUGUAGUUUGCAGAGUAGGAAUAAGUAUUUCUGUAAUAUUUGCCCCAUUUAUGUAGCUGAAUGCUGUGUGGUUCUACACCAUUACAAACUACAAACACAAAAAUAAACAAU